UCUUUACAACCGAAAACCUUCCCCCCCCCCUUGAUUGAAUGGCACCCACCCGCACAACCAAGGACGUGGCCAGCAGUGCCAAGGACAAGCCCAUUGAGGAUGUGCCUGCCUCUUCGGCAUCGGCAUCGGGCAGCGGCGCCGACGGAGCGAACGACUUGACUGUGCCUGCGCCGCUCGUUUCGGCGACGGCGCACCUGCCCAAGUCGGUGAUUGUGCAUCCGCUGGUGCUGCUGAGCGCCGUCGACCACUUCUACCGCGUGUCCAAGGACUCACGCAAGCGCGUUGUCGGCAUCCUGCUCGGCCAGCGCACCGGCGACACGAUCGACGUCUCGAACAGCUUUGCAGUGCCAUUCGAGGAGGACGAGCGCGAUCCGAGUGUGUGGUUUUGCGAUCACAACUUUAUCGAGUCCAUGCAUCACAUGUACAAGCGCAUUGCUGCCAAGGAACACAUUGUCGGAUGGUAUCACACGGGGCCAAAGCUUCGGACAAACGAUCUGGCCAUCAACGAGCUGCUCCAGCGGUUUGUGCCCCAUCCCCUGCUUGUGAUUAUCGACGUCGAGCCAAAGGAGCUCGGCUUGCCAACGUCGGCGUACAUGACGGUGGAGGAAAUCCACAGCGACGGCUCGCCAACGUCCAAGACCUUUGAGCACAUUGCCAGCGAAAUCCAGGCCGAGGAGGCCGAGGAGGUCGGCGUGGAGCACUUGCUACGCGACGUCAAGAGCUCGACGGCAGGCACGUUGUCCGAGCGCAUCACAAACCAGCUCGCAUCGCUGCGCAGCUUGUUGUCGCACCUCAGCGACAUUCACGGCUAUCUGGACAAGGUGGCCACGGGAGCACUGCCCAUGAACCACCAAAUCACCUACCAAUUGCAAGACAUUUUCAACCUGCUGCCCAACGUCACCGUGGACGAGCUCGUCUCGGCCAUCUCGGUCGAAACCAACGACCAAAUGCUUGUUGUCUACGUCUCGUCGCUCGUUCGCGCCAUUAUCGCCCUGCACAAUCUGAUCAGCAACAAGCUCGCAAAUCGCGACGCUGAAAAGAAGACCGAGCAGUCCAUUGCACGAUCUCUCGAGGACACCAUUUCUAGCGGCGGCAAGACAAAAGACGGCCCAACUGCCAAGGCAUAAAGGCAGCAAAAGUCAAGUGCCAAGAAAAAACAAGGGCGUGCAAAAAAUGACUCACAGAACGGACAAGGAGAAUUGCUCAGUUUGUUUUGUUUUGUUUGUUUGUUUUUGUUCUUGUGUGUCGAGUGUUGUUUCUGUUUUCAAUGUAGUAUGGU